UCGUUAGUUUGAUCGAUUCAACGGUUCUCGACGGACGUGUCCGCGGUUGUACGCCGAAGACUCUUCUUGCGUUCACGCUUUAGAUCUUUUUUUGUUGGUUUUCAUUUUUCUAGUGCCUAUACCUUCGUUAUACAUUCUGUAAUAAAUUAUAUUUUUCUUGAUCUGUGUUCUGGCUUAACGUAUUAUAAUCGGUCUUCUCAGCCUGUGCAAUCGUUUGCCACUGACAAAGGGAUCAGCCAGUACGAGAAGAACGAGCUGACUCGCGUUUUAUGUGUGUGAAAAUAUGGCGUCUGCUAUGAUGGAACUGCAUUUCUGUCUGUUCCUUUGAGCGCCGAGUAGCAUUCCAGGAUAAUCGAUAUCCGCAGGUACAAUUUGAUGAUGAAUUGUAGCGACCGGUAUGUUGUACGUGACUCUCGCGGUUGAUUAUGUGCAUGGAUGAUGGAUUGAGGUUACCACAGGAUACCUGCAAACAUGUCUGGAAAAUAUUAAUUGAAUAUCACAAAUGAAUCGCGCAGAUGGUAUUUUUGCUAUACUUCAGAUUCCAUGCUGGAUAGUUCAGUGAUGUUGGACUAGUGAAGAUUUGUCGAAUGUUCUUAUACCAAGCUAACCCAACCAGCUCUGCGCCAAUUGUGCGGAUUGCGGCUCGUCACUUUCAAUACCCGUUUAUGCAUAAUAAACCAAUACAUCACACAUCAGUAUUUAAUCUCAAAGAGGAAAAGAAAUUGAAAAAACCGCUUGUUGCCUCAAUUUUGCAUGCAAAAAAGUUAACUAUAAUUUUUAUUUUCACUUAAAAAACCAGUCCCCGAACACGAUCAGUGGUCUGUUUGUGUGUUAGUUAUCUGAAGUUGGCAGUGUGUGUACGCGCGUGUGAAAAGGUGUUCCAAUGAAGAAUUACUCCCGUAGAAUACCAAUUGUGCAAGCCAUCAGCGGCCCAAGCCGCGCAGAAAUGUAAAGUCGGAAUCGUGAAGAAUACACACAAAGUAGAAAGAAAACAACAACAGUGGAAAUAGUCUACCUCUUUCAAUGUGCAACUUAGCGACGGCGGCCGCUGCAGCGUUGCUGCUCCAGGACGGGAAAAAGUCAGUUUAAAUAAACUCAAGUGAGUUCGACGGGGUUACAAGCCACGAACGGCAAAUAGAAGAGAGAAAGUCAUUCGUUCGUGCGGCGGGCUCUUUGGAGAGAGCACAGUGGGACUUCCGCUUACACAAGAUCCAAAUCAAUAGACCAUGUGAAACAGGACAAAUACCCCCAGACAUGCAUAAUGAGUCUGCAGUACAUUCGACAAGGGAGAAAUCGCUCCCCAACAGUGUACCGGAAAACACAAAUCGAUCAACCUUACACGAAGCGGCAUCGAAUGGCGACGAGGCGACGGUGGAAGCACUACUGGCUACUGGAGCCGAUCGAAACGCAAAGGAGUCCCUGCAUGGUAACACCCCAUUACACGAGGCCGCCUGGAAGGGCUAUAGCCGCUGUGUGAAAAUCUUAUGUUCCUUACCCAAAGUCCACAAAGCAAACACUGCCAACGCUGCCAAUCAUGCAACCAGUGGCGCCAAACUGCCAAUCGAUUUAAUCAAAGACUCCAGCAAAAUUAAAAACGUGCUUCAAGAUACCAAAGGAGCCCUACACAGUGCCCUGCUUGGCACGCGUAAUUCCGGUGGGUUCUCGGCACUCCAUCUAGCUGCCCAGAACGGCCAUAAUCAGAGCUGUCGGGAAAUACUGCUGGCCGGUGCCGAUCCUGAUGUACAAAACAAUUACGGCGACACUCCGCUUCAUACAGCGUGCCGCUACGGACACGCCGGUGCCAUUCGAAUUCUCCUUUCGGCCAAGUGCGACUAUGAACGGAUCAACCUGAACGGCGAUACGGCUCUGCACAUCGCCUGUGCUAUGGGUAGGCGUAAAUUGACUCGAAUUCUGCUCGAGGCUGGCUGCAAGCAAGACAUGAGAAAUGCACAGGGUGAAACACCAAGGGAUAUCGCCACCCGUAAAAAUCUUGUCGAAAUUCUCAAUAUCCUUAACAACCCUGUUCAGAUCUCAGCUCGUCAUGCUCGUGAGCGCAGCUCUAGUAGCUCCCAUCGCAAAGAUCGUAAUGGCAAAAGUGGGGAGCGAUCACACAGCAAAGAAGAUCGCAAGUCUCGUGACAAAUCCCGGGGGCGCAAUAGUGGAACCCAUGAUCCACGCUACGACGUCGAUCCACAACACUGGUCACCGUACGGUUGCCACUACUUUCCAGAUCCAAGGAACUUUCCGUCGCCCAAGCUGGAAACUCUACCCAAAGAACCCCUGGCGAAAGGGGAACAAUAUUUCCUAGAUUUGGCGGGAAAUAUUAGAAAGGGUCCCGUAGGAGUAGGCAAUACGUGCUAUUGUGCUCCAUUUUUCAAACAUUUGGAACAACGUAUGAAUCAGAACAGAAAAAGUAUACGAAAAUACGUUCAUCGAGCCACAGAAAAAUUAGAUAGUCGCAUGACGGCAUUAGCUAUGAAAACGGAUGAUCAAAUCGAAGAAUUGACAAAAACAAUGAUCGCGAGCCGAGUACAAUGCGAAAACAAACGGUUACACUUGGAGCAGUGGUUAAAGCGAGGUAUAGCUGAACGAUCGACUGGACCUCACAAUUCUAAAACCAAGAAAGAUGAAGCAAAUACGAAUACCUUAACUCGCUGUCGUAGUCUAGAACUGCUGGAUGACAGUGAGGAUAUCCUAGCUGACCGAAUAAAGUCAUCAACACCACAAUUCUCGCGAAGCAUAGACUUUUUAGACUCCCAAGAUCGCCUAUCAGAAAAUAAACAUCCCGAUUUUUCGGAUCACUUCGAGAGCUCGAAUAAUUCAAAUAUGAAAAAUCAUUCUGAAGUGGACGAACCUAGUCGACGGGCACCGUUGAGGAAGUUUGACGCCGACCGCCACCAUUUAAAUGGAAGUAAACGUUCUUCAUCAAUCAGUCAAUCAGGGAGAGAUAGUUAUUAUUACUCCGAUAAAGAUAAUGACAAAGAAAAGAAUAAUGUGAUAUACCAGAAUCGAGUACCAAGCUCCGCGUAUGGAGAUAACUCAUCGAAGGAAGAACGAAAAAUAUCAUCCUCCGCAGGUUCAUCGAGUUAUGACCACAAAAAUGAAAAAGCCAAGGUUACCGAGAGGCUCGAGGAACUGUUGAGUAAAACCAAAAAGAUUCUUGAACUGGAGAAAAUGACAAAGAAAACACAUAGUGAUAAUAAAUACAUCCUCGCGCUGGACCGAUUGAAAGAUAUCCAUCAUUGCGAUAGCAGUCCUCAAGUAUAUCAGCAGGGAUCUAUGAAGCAUGAUACUUCCAGCAACGGCUACGACAUUGCCCACGAAAUGGAAAAAAUUACACAAUCUCUUCUUCCAGCAGCACCGGUUUCUCCGGAAAUUUCCAAAGAUAUUUCUACUCGCAAAGAACGUAAUUAUAAAAACCCAGGUGGCCCCGUGGGGGAGAGUACAGGUUCAACGCCACACUCCACGAUGUCUCCAAGUUCUUCACUUCUUGGUGGUAAUAAAACACUGUUGAUGAGUAUUCACCCAGACGCAAUUAGUGCUCAUAUGACUUCCACCAACUUCAUGGAAGUAAUGUCAGAAAUAACAAGCAACCAAGACUCUGAACAGGAAAACCACGUGGAUAGUGUGAAUGCGCCGAUGAUCAAUGGAUUCUAUGCGAAUAAUUGCUUUGAGGAUAUUCCUAGCUCGUCUAAUACGACAAUCAAAUCCGCACCGAACCACAGUAGGAAGAAACAGAAAGAGCAAGAGAACGACGACUGCAAUGAUAGUGAUGAAGAUGAUGAAGUCGAUGAUUCAGAAGAUCAACAGACAAAAAAGAUUGAUCAAGAAAACCAAGAGGAAGAUUGGGAAUCUGACGAUCAAUGUGAUCUUUCAGACAUGGCAAAUUUAGCACAACUGAAGGAAUUGAAGAGUAGAAUAUUAAAUGGAACUAAUUGGAGAAGUCAAGUUUUGCAAAAGAGCGUUCAUGAUUUAUUCCAGAAAGUAGCAGAUGUCGAAGAUUCGAUAGUUCAACAAUCAAAUUCAGACAGUAACGAUGCUAAUCUGGCCGAUAACACGGAACAGAAUCGUGUUCAGUACAUCAUUUCAAAAUUACAGAAUAGCACGAUAGAGCAAGUAGAUCCUCCCAAAGGGCAUACUUCUUUAUCCCAUGAUGACAACUAUUCAGACACAAGCGAGGAAGAAGACGACUUAGAAUGUGUAGACGGACCCACGCCGCUAGCGGAUCGUCCCAUUACCGCUAAAAGUCUAAUAGAAAUGUACGAAAAAGCUCUCCCUAAGGCGGAAAAUCAACCGGUUGCUGCAAUCCGACAACAGUUCUUUAUACCAAAGGACGCCUACUUUCACGAGCUGCCGAACAAACCAAAACCCCCACUUAAACCUCCUGAUCUCACUUCACACUUCUCCCAUCAAACCCACACAGAUCAAACAGCCUUAUCGAUCCAUGCCAGGAGCCGAAAUCCUCUCCCGUCGUAUUUAAAUGACAAUGAGAUAUUCAAUUCUAACCAAAACCCUUAUAAUUUGUCCAGUAGACUGAAUCCAUCUCAUCAAUCAACUCCAGCAUUGUACUACCCAUCCCAUUCUCCUCAGUUCAUGGCUAGUAAUGAGCAUAUUCCUCCAUAUCACUCGCCUCAUUACACUCCCCACCACCCGGUGCAAGAGAAACUACUCACGAGUCGAAAAUAUAUCAAUCCACCCGCAACAUUUGCCAUCUCCGGUGGAAGCACCGGGACACCUUCGCCCGAGUUUCCUUAUCAGUUGAUCAAUAGCCAACCACAACCAAUGCACCAUUUAGCCCAUCACCAUCAUCAUCACCUUCAGCAGCAACAAUCAAACGCACAGCAAUUCCGUAAAUCGCAGGACAAUUUAUCCAACGACGAUUCUGGUUAUAUCAGUGCCAAAGUCAGCGAAAUUCAUGGACCCAUAAUGCCAAAUGCAAUCAGUAGUGGCAGCCCCUCUCCAAUGCAGUCAUCGCCGAGGGAAGUAAUCCCGAUGCCAAGGCAGUUCAUACCUUAUCAUAUGGGCAACACUACAUCUACCAGAGGACUGGAGAGUACGAUUGGAGGGGCCGCAUCCGGUGCAGGAUCGAUAUACGAUGAACACUACAACAUUGGUGCUUCCAGUUUGGUGUGAAUCUAGUGUAUCGAAAUUAAGCUAGUUUAAGUAAUGUGAAUUUGUACAAAGUUUUAGAUGUCUUUUAGCAAUGGAUUUUAAAAUUAUUUUAAACGUGUUUUAACAAUUUUUUGCAUAAAAUUCCGUGUAAUUUAAAUAGAUAUGUUUCGUACGGAUAUACUGUUUUUAAACUAAACAUUUUGUUUUUAUACUAGUGUACCAAUCGCCAUGUAUCUGUGGUCCAAUCAUGUAUUUAA